UCAGUAUAGCAAAACAGUGGGUCCGGAGACUGGCAACGAGUUUACAAGCGAUGACGUAGGAAAUUGUUCUAGCGAUUUGCUUACCCCACUUUGCCUCUGUAGCUAUGUGAAUUGCCAUAGCAGAUUUCUUCAAAGUUUGCCAUUUUUUUGCAAGCAAAAUGUCAGAUAGUGAUGGAUAUAUGUCCUCUAGUGAAAGUUCCAACGUACAAGAGUCGGAAAGUAGCAAUGAAGUGGUCUGAACAAUUUCCUACGUCAUGGCAUUGUAAUACAUUCGUGUUGGCUGCGCACAAAGUGGAACCACUUUCGGUUGUCAGAUUCGAACUUUGAACAGCAAAAAGUCAAAUUUUUCUCUUUCUAACAUUAUUCACUUUUUGCAAUUUCAAAAAGUAGACAUAAAAAGCGACAGAAAAACGCAAAAAAAAAUUCACUUCAUAGGCACUUUAAACAAAGUUCUCUAGUAAGUUUUAUGCCACAGUAAAACAUAGUAUUUAAACCUUUCAGUGUGUGUGCCAAGUCCAACCUGUGUUAUAAUUUGUGGUAGGCUUGUACUUGUACCAACAGUUGAAAUGCUAUUGUGUGUGGUGGUAAAAUAAUGCGUUUUCUUUUUUCUGGUGCUUGGUGGUAUACUUUAAUGUGAAUGGAACGAAGGAAAACACCAAAUUGUACUAAGGGUAAUGUUGAAGCAGUGCAUCAGCAUGAAUUGAGACUUCCUGUAAAAAAAUUGCAGUUCAUGAUACAGGAUAUACAGGCAGAAUUAACAAGAUCAUAUUGCUCAAAUUUUAAGAUAGCAUGUGUUCCAGAAAUGCUUAUAAAUUUACUUUUAUUUUGGUAGAAACUGACUUCAAGUAUCCAGACCAUGAUAAGAGGCGUCCAGCAGUUCCCAAACACACAGAGAAACCAUUAAUGGGAUUAAAUUCUACCAAGAAUCACAUCACAACAAAUGCAGUGGAGAAUAUCAUGUCUGUGCCGAAGAAACCGGAGAAAAAGUUUGCCGACACUAGAGGGGGAGCCACGCAUCCACUGGAGCCUUCAGGGCUGACACCAAAAUAUGUAAACAAGAAAGAUUAUGGAAAAACACCUGCCUACCUUGAAAGAAGAAAGGCUGAAGUGGAAAGGGCUCAGAUGGAGUACGAUGCUUAUGUCCAGGAAAGAUUUAGACAGGGAGCAAUGAAGAACUUGACAGAAGAGCAGAGACAAGACAUACUUGAUGGAUUGAAAAAGAAUUGGGAAGAGCUUCAUCAUCAGUACCAAGGACUUUCUGUGGUCACCGAUACGGCUCCAAAGAAGGCACGCAAAGAACGCAUGGAAGCAGAAAUGAAACAGUUAGAAAGAGACAUUGAAACAAUUGAAAAACACAAAGUUAUUUACAUUGCAAAUCCUUUCUUUUAGGCAGCAGACGAUCUUAUCGUUGUAAUAUGCCUCGUCCACUUGAACACAGAUUACAGUGGUACUCUUGAACAAAUAGAUUCCUUUAGCGUUAUUGGUGAACUAAUAUGUUAAUUUAGUUAAAUCUGCAAGCAAUAAGAGAAAACCUGUUUUCAGUAAGAUAAAAUUGUAAAUAAUUGUGUACAAAAUAUUUUAUUAAAAAUUCUGUCAGUAAA